GGCAUGACCUCGAUUUUCUCAGCAUACAUGCUUCAUCUGUCCUGGAUGACGAGUAAUUGGAACAAGAGCCGAGCUGGGAUCAGCGCUUAGCGCUCAUAAACCGUCUUUGUCCAUGGGUACAUUAUGACGUCGUCUGGCUUCUCGACUGGGACGUAUAAGAGGGCAGCUUCUCUGGGUUGACAUGCCGCCACGCCAUCUCUUAUCCAACCUUCGAUCUCAAGUCUCACUCGCAACUUGUUGAUACUGGUAAUAAUCAUGUCGUCUCAGGAGAAGAAGAUGUCUUACGUUCGUCUGGGGAACUCCGGGCUGAAAGUAUCGAAGAUCAUCCUAGGCACGAUGUCGUAUGGCGAUGCUGGCUGGGCAGGUUGGGUGCUCCCAGAGGAAGAGGGCGUGAAACACAUCAAGGCUGCAUAUGAUGCUGGUAUCCAAACAUUCGACACCGCCAACGUGUAUUCCAACGGUCUAUCGGAGGUCAUCUUGGGUAACGCUAUCAAGAAGUACAAUCUUCCUCGGGAGGAGAUCGUCGUGAUGACGAAGGUAUACUUCCCUCUCGGACGCGAUUAUGGUCAAAACGUGGCAUGGAUAGCCGACCCCGAUGGUGCUGGCUUUGUAAACCAGCAUGGGUUGAGCCGCAAGCACAUUUUUGACUCGGUGAAGAAGAGCUUGGAGCGCUUGCAACUCGACUAUAUUGACCUGCUCCAAUGCCAUCGUUUUGAUUAUGAAACGCCCAUCGAGGAGACCAUGCAAGCGCUUCACGACGUCGUUCAAGCAGGAUACGUGCGCUAUAUUGGCAUGAGCUCGUGUCAUGCAUAUCAAUUCCACCAAAUGCAAAAUUACGCCAUCAACAACAAACUCACCCCUUUCGUUUCGAUGCAAAACCACUACAGUCUGAUCUAUCGCGAGGAAGAGCGCGAGAUGUUCCCCACGCUCAAGCUAUUCAACGUCGGAUCGAUCCCGUGGUCCCCGCUUGGUCGAGGCCUCCUUGCUCGCCCUCGCGGCGAGCAGACCAAGCGCGGUGAAACGGAUGCGUUCCACGAGCGCUACACUCGCUCCGAGGCAUACCAAACGAUCGUGGACAGGGUGGAGGAAGUUGCGAAGAAGCGUGGCGUCAGCAUGAGUCAGGUCGCUAUUGCCUGGACGCUAGCGAAGCCUGGCGUUACUGCUCCUAUUGUUGGCACAACUAAGCUCGAGAAUUUGUACGAAAUCAUCGAGGGAGCUCACCUCAAGCUUACGGAGGAGGAGGUCAAGUACCUGGAGGAGCCUUAUGUUCCUCAGGCGAUCGUCGGACACUCGUGAGGAUGGCACAAUUUCGUCUCGUAAUUCUCAGAGAGACGUUCACACCAUAUCCGACUGAAAAGUUGUACUUAGUACUUACC